UAACAAUUAAAAUAAGGUCAUGGAGAGAUUAAAGGAGCUUCAGCGGUCAAGCGGUGGUCCUCCUCCUCCUGCUGCCUCCAGACCAAGCUAUCACCCUGACGCAAUGGACCCAGGAAUAGCCCCUGCGGUACUCCCGACCAUCGAACAAGGAUCUGGUCCAGGUGGACUCCCAUUCCCUAACGCUGGACCACCUGUCUGUCCUGUCAGAACGUUCAACAAACCCAAUAAACGUCCCAAGAGAAAGAGAAGUUUUAGUGAGCUGCCUUGGUCUGACUACUUCACCUCUAAGAAGAGUGUUGAGGCAGGAGGAGAUAAGUUCUGUGUGUACACUACAGGCUCCGGACCAACAGUUCUCUGUCUACACGGAGGAGGACACAGUUCACUAUCGUGGGCUCUUUUUACUGCUGAGCUAACACAACGGGCCAGCGUGACGGUAGUAGCAAUAGAUCAAAGAGGACACGGAGACACGGAGACAGAUAACGACCAGGAUCUCUCAGCGGAGACUCUGUCAGCAGAUGUGGGCAGAGUGUGGGAGGCCUUGUAUCCUGAUCCUGAGGACAGACCUCCGGUUAUUCUUAUGGGGCACAGUAUGGGAGGUGCAGUGGCCGUCAGAGUAGCUGAUCAGAAGCUUGUUCCCAAUAUACGUGGUAUUGUUGUUAUUGAUGUGGUAGAAGGUUCCGCUAUGGACGCCCUCAGUGCCAUGCAGGGAGUGCUGAAGAGGCGACCACAACACUUCAGUUCCAAGAGAAAAGCUAUAGAAUGGAUUCUAAAGAGUGGCCAACUGAGGAAUAAUGAGAGUGCUAGAGUGAGCAUGGGCGCACAGUUAAAACCAUACAAAAAGAAAGAGAAAGAGAAUGUGGCGGGUGAGGAAGGCUCGCUAACUGCGGUACAGGAAGAAGGAGAUGAGGAGAAUGAGGAAACAACUGAGAAUGGGUACACUUGGAGGGUAGACUUAGCCGCAAGUGAGAAAUACUGGUCCGGCUGGUACAGUGGGAUGAGCAAACUCUUUCUCUCAGUGCCCACCCCAAAACUACUCCUUUUAGCUGGACCUGAUAGAUUGGAUACAGAGCUGACUCGCGCUCACAUGCAGGGGAAGUUCCAGGUCCAGAUGUUCAACACUGCUGGACACAGCGUUCAGGAGGAUCUACCGGAGAAGGUAGCUGACGUGGUCAGUUCCUUCCUCGUGAGACAGCGUUUUGCUCAGGGGAGUUACAACCCUCAGACUAUAAGACCCUGCUGUUAGACAAACUUCCUUAUAUGGGCAUAGCUCUGUAUUUCUGCCGGUAGGAACCCUUACUCGUUUUUAUGAGGUACUCAUCGAUUGUAAAAAAAGAUAUCAGAAAAAACUGAGCAGAGAAUUGUUUGCCAAUCCCAAGCAAACCGAACCUCGCUCGAUCGUAUGUUAAAAGUCGGAAUAUUUUUGACGAGUCUGUGAGAAGGCUGUGAAAAGUGAUGAAGAGCAAACAAAAUAAUAGCAAGAGUCUUAAAAAAUACUUAAUAGUGUGACAUCACAACUCAACUCAGAACUCAAGAUAUGACGUCACUAAUCAGGAUAUGACGUCACUAAUCAGGAUAUAAGAUGAGUCUGGGCGGAGAGUAAAAGAGAGAAAUACUACAAGAAGACUGUACAGGAGCGGUCUGUGUACUAGCUACGUUGUAUUGUACUGCAGAGCGACCUGAUUAAUUGCUACUCGUCGCCUCAUUAAAACUUACUGCUUGCAGACGAUACGAAGCUUCCUUAUUUGGGCAUAGCUUAGUGCAUCCUUAUAUGGGCAAAGCUUGCUUAUAUGGCUAAUAUUUCCCAUACUUAUACGAUACCUUGGUAUUUGUGAAUGAGGCCAGAGCUGCAGUCAUCAGCAUUUUAAAUAUUCCAAGUUUGAAAAUGAUCUGUUUAGUAAUAUUUAAUUUAUUCGUUGUUGUAAAUAUUUUAUAUUGUUCAAUAUUGAUGUUGAUUAGUGUGUUAUUUUUCUAACUGACUGUAUUGUUCAUUUUUCAUCACAACCAAUUAUUGAAUUAUUAUUUAAAGUUUGUUGAUAUC